CAACUGCAAAACAAACGUGAGCUCCAGUAAAUGCAUGUAAACAUUUAAUCGAAUCAAUCGGCUUAUAACUUUGAACUGGAUCUAUUAGUAAAUGAAUAACCCAAAAAAUGGAUUCAGAUGAAUUGAACCGCGAGAUUCAAAUCUUUCGAAACCACGUGAAGAUUGCCCGAGAGAAUAUAAUCCACAAACUGGUGCGGCACAUCAAAUUUUGGAAACAGAAGUUGGCAGCCAACUCGAACAACGUACGAGCCAGUAAAAAGAUCCUAUCGCUUGAAUCGUUAAUCAGUCACACCAGGGCGCAACCUGUCGCGGUUCUAGUGAAGCAGAUAGUUACAUUCAAAUCACCACCGGAUGAAAGUACCAAUCAGGGGAGCUCUAGCGUAGAGCAGAAAAUGAUUGUGCGAUUCCACGAGCACAAGAGGCUGCAGUCGGAGAUUGUAGCGAUGAGAGAACGGUUAAACGGUAAAAUGAAAUUGCUGGAUAAGUACUUGAAGAAUCCAGACAACGGUGUCAAGGAUAAAGAAAAACGUAAAAAAAGAGAUGGAAUGGAACGAAAAGUUAAAAAGAAUAUAUCCAAGAAGAGAAAGAAAUCUGAAGUCGGCCAGUCCGAGGAUGAAGGAUUCCGCGAAGUGGUCGAAGGUAAUCCAAAUGAUGAAUCUGAACCGGAUGAUAAUGAAUCGUUGAUCGAUGAUAUAUCAAUUACUGAUUCGGAAGUAUUUGGUGACGGUAGUGAUGAAGAGAAAGCUGGUAAAUUUGUAAAAUUGAUAAAGACUAAUUCGGAGACAGCUAAGAAAGUGGCGGAGCAAACAAUCAAAGGAAAAGGCUCCACAGAAAAGCUUGCCAGAAUCGUAAAGACAGAUAAAGGAGCUAUUGAAGAUGCCGAAGAUGAGUGCGUACAAAUUCAAGAUAGUUUCUUUGUGACGAGCACGGGUCAGAGUUAUGUGGCGACGGCUCCGAAAGUAGAUGAGAAAUUGCAAAAUAAAGAAGCGGACUUCAGUUGGAAGCGCACCAACAAAAGAAAGGAAUUAACGAAUAACAAUGAUCAAAAGCCUUCAAAGAGGCCGGAUAAUACAGAUGCAAAUUGCAUUCAACCUUCUUGGAAGGCGAAACAACAACAAAAUGAAAUCAAACGGUUCCAGGGUCAACGAAAAUGCUUCAACGGUGAUACCAGUGAUCGGAGCACUGAUCUACAUCCAUCGUGGGCUGCGAAACAAAGACAAAAAAUUAUACUACCACCUGCGGGUAAGCGAAUUACUUUCGAUAAUACAGAGCCUACGGAAGCUCCGGAGAAUUCUUCGUGGACUACAAAGCAAAAACAAAGAGACAUCAAUCCAUUGGUUGGCAGGAAAACUGUAUUCGAUCCCAAUGAACAGCCAGCCAGAGAAAAUACUCCGGCGAAUGAUUUUCAUCCUUCAUGGAGUGCGAAGCAAAAGCAGAGAGGAUUGAAACCGUUCCAGGGUAAGAAAACGAUAUUUGAUUCGACAACCGCUGGGGCCCAGUCGGAAUCACAAAAAAUGUCAGAGUCUGAUCUCCAUCCUUCCUGGGCGGCGAAACAGAAGGAAAAAGGCAUUAAGGCUUUUCAAGGAAAAAAGAUUACAUUCAAUGACUAGUUCUGGAUGGUGUUGGAAGUGUAUUAACUCUGUAAAAUAUUUUGUUUCACUAGUAACUAGAGUUGGAAUAAAUGUAACAUGACUACCAUAA